CGGCGCCUCUCCCCGCCCCCCUCUGUUCCCGGUCCCCAGCCCCGGGACUCAGCCGAGCCCGGCGGGCAGCCCUAGCCCCAGCCGUGGCCGUCCCGGGGACGCAGACGCCACAGCCCCUCCGGCCAGGGUAGGGACCCGGGCCGGCCUAGCCAGCUCUCACAGCCCCAUGGCCCCAGCCGGCCACUGAGCCCCACCAUGGGCAGCCUGUACUCGGAGUACCUAAGCCUCAGCAAGGUCCGGGAACACUAUAAUUACACCAAGGAGACGCUGGACACGCAGGAGACGCCCUCCCGCCAGGUGGCCUCGGCCCUGAUCAUAGUUCUCUGCUGCACCAUUGUAGUGGAGAAUCUGCUAGUGCUCAUAGCGGUCGCCCGCAACAGCAAGUUCCAUUCUGCCAUGUACCUGUUUCUGGGCAACCUGGCCGCCUCGGACCUGCUGGCGGGCGUGGCCUUCAUAGCCAAUACCUUGCUGUCUGGCCCAGUCACCCUGGGGCUGACCCCUGUGCAGUGGUUUGCCCGCGAGGGCUCUGCCUUCAUCACACUUUCCGCCUCUGUCUUCAGCCUCCUGGCCAUCGCCAUCGAACGGCAUGUGGCCAUCGCCAAAGUCAAGCUCUAUGGCAGCGACAAGAGCUGCCGCAUGCUGCUGCUCAUCGCAGCCUCGUGGCUCAUCUCUCUGGCUCUUGGCGGCCUGCCCAUCCUCGGCUGGAACUGCCUGGGCCACCUCAAGGCCUGCUCCACUGUAUUGCCGCUCUACGCCAAGCACUACGUGCUCUUCGUGGUGACCAUCUUCUCUGUCAUCUUAUUGGCCAUUGUCGCUCUGUACGUCCGCAUCUACUGUGUGGUCCGCUCCAGCCAUGCUGAUGUGGCUGGCCCGCAGACCCUGGCCCUGCUCAAGACAGUCACCAUCGUGCUGGGUGUCUUCAUCCUCUGCUGGCUGCCUGCCUUUAGCAUUCUUCUCCUGGACUACGCCUGUUCCGUCCGGUCCUGUCCUGUCCUCUACAAAGCCCACUACUUCUUUGCUUUUGCUACCCUCAACUCACUGCUUAACCCUGUCAUCUACACAUGGCGCAGCCGGGACCUGCGGCGGGAGGUACUGCGUCCACUACAGUGCUGGCAGCGGGCAGCAGGGGUGCAGGGACGGAGGGGCGGGACCCCGGGCCACCACCUCCUGCCCCUCCGCAGCUCCAGCUCUCUGGAGAGGGGCACACACAUGCCCACAUCGCCCACGUUUCUGGAGGGCAACACAGUUGUCUGAGGGGCAAGUGGGCUGACUACCAGGUCACAGUGCAGGGCUCCCUGGAGCUGACUGGACAGAGACAUGGGGCUGCCAAGUGAUCUGCCUCCGCUCUGCAGACCUGGGCAAUAUUGAGAACAGUUCACACCUGGGACAGCUGGCUGAGGAGCUGACCAGUUGGAUGGCAGAGCUGCAGCAGGGUCCUGGAGGCCAGUGUGGUGACCUGUGUGACCUUGUCAGAACUGGAUUGUGGGGAAGCCUGGGGGGCCCUGGAAAGGGCCGGGUGACAGCAGGCGGGUGCUCAAGGGAAGCUCAGAGCGUGAGCAAUUUACAGUGUGGUACAAGGGAUUUCAACAUUUCAUGAUGUCUGACCUUCUGCUCUGUGCCAGACUCCCCUCCUUGAAUUUACCCCCAUCACCUUCUUCUGGCCACCUCGGGCGACUCCCCUGGAACCACUGUUCUGAGGGGCUGGAGGUCUCCUCCCUGCCCAUCCUGGGUGGCUCUGGCCAACAGUUGCUCGGCCCAAAUCCACAGCUUCCCCAAAAUACACAAGCUGCCACUUUGACCACUUGUUCCCUUUCCUCUUACUCCACAAGAUGCUGAGAUGCCAGGAAACCACGGGUGGUGGGGGGUGCUGAACCCCCUUCUUAGACCUCAUUGGCCAGUUGCACUAUUUGGGGCUCAGAGGAAUCACGAAGGGCUGGAAAAUCAGGUCUAGGGGCUUUGGGCCUCCCAGUGGGGCAAGGUGGAACUUGAGAAAGUUCUAGAGGAGACACCCAGGACCUCCCACUCCCAACCUACUCCCACCUCCAGUGCCAGCUGAGAUCCCAGGUCUCCUAAGGCAGGGCAGCCUUGAGCCCGCUGUGCCUCCUUUUAUGUUACAUUGGACAGAGGAGUGUGGGGCUGGGGAAUGCCAACGACAUCUGUGGGGUGCUCGCUGCCCACCUGGCCCCGAAGGACUUGGCUAAAUUCCAUGGAUAGAUGGAAGGGACAUUGCGGUACAAACAUAUAUUUAUGUGUGUCUGUGUGUGUGCGCUCAUGGGAUGUCUGGGACCCCCUCUCCCCAUCACGUUUCCCCAGAAUGGAUGCUAUUCUGUUGUCUUACGUCCAUGUUGAAGCUGCCAAAGAGGGUCUGGCCCCUGCAAGGACCCCUUUGAAAUUGCUGGCUCAUCUCCCCCUGGAGAGCUGAGCUGCAGCUCACUUCGGGGAGGGAAACCGCAUGCCUCAAAAUGAUCAAUUGUGAAUGCAAAGGCUGGGGGAGGAGGUCUUUGGGGGGCAAGGAGCCAGGUGGGGGCUUGUCGCUCCCCAUACUGCUCCCCAGAUGCCCCUCAUGCCAGAGACCCAGCCCCAGGCCAAUAAACGGUUCAAUUUCUCUUG